AUGACCAAGUUUCCUGCCUUGAAAAACGAUCUGAUUCUGCGAGCUGCCCGCGGCGAAAAAGUUGAGCGGCCUCCCGUGUGGAUGAUGCGUCAGGCUGGUCGAUAUCUCCCCGAGUACCAUGUUGUCAAAGGUAAGCGAGAUUUUUUCGAGACCUGUCGAGACCCCAAGAUCGCCGCUGAGAUUACAAUUCAGCCCAUUGAGCACUUCCCCGGGCUCAUUGACGUGGCCAUCAUCUUCAACGACAUCCUGGUGAUCCCCCAGGCUCUCGGAAUGACGGUCGAAAUGGUGGACAAGGUGGGCCCCCACUUCCCCGAGCCUCUCCGAACUCCUGAGGACAUCAAAAGACUGAAGAAGAGCAGUGAGGUGGUCAUUAAGGACUGCCUCGGAUGGUCACUGGACGCCAUCACUCUGACACGUCAUCAGCUCGACGGACGAGUCCCCCUGUUUGGCUUUGUGGGUGCUCCCUUCACUCUGCUGGCUUACAUGCUGGAGGGCGGAUCGUCCCGAAUGCACAAGUGGACCAAGGAGUGGCUGUACAAGUACCCCGAGGAAUGCCACGAGGUCCUGCAGCGAAUCACCGAUGUCGCUGUGGACUACCUGGCUCAUCAGGUGAUUGCAGGCGCCCAGCUUCUACAGGUGUUUGAGAGCACCGGUGGUGAGCUUACCCCCGCCGAGUUCAAGCUCUACUCGCUUCCUUACGUCAAGCAGAUCCGAGACAAGGUGCCUGCCCGUGUCAAGGAGCUUGCUGGAGAUGAGUACGACCGCAAGGAACACGAUGUUCCUAUGGUCUUCUUCCCUCGAAACUCGUGGUACGCUCUGGACGCAUGCUGUGAUCUAGGCUACGACGUAAUCUCGCUGGACUCGUCCUGGGACCCCGCCGAGGCCGUUAAGGUCGUGGGAGACCGACGAGUCACUCUGCAGGGUAACCUGGACCCCGGCGUCAUCUACGGAUCCCGAGAAAUGAUCACCAAGAAGGUCGAGGAGAUGAUUGCCGGCUUUGGAGGUGGAAAGCAGAAUUACAUUAUCAACUUUGGUCACGGUACUCAGCCUAUGAUGGACCCCGAGCAGGUUGGGUGGUUUUUGGAGGAAUGCCACCGGGUUGGUAAGCAGUAA